CGCGGGGGCUCCGGUGCAGCGGCGGCGGCGGCGGCGCGGGUCCCGCGGGCGGGUGGGGGGCGUCGGAGCGGGGCAGAGCAGAGCAGAGCCGAGCAGAGCCGCGGCGGCUGCAGAUCUGGAGUCCAUCUCAGCCUGAGCUCCUGGGAUCCUGUCGCCAUGGAGACCGAAAGUGAGCAGAACUCCAACUCCACCAGCGGGAGCUCCAGUUCUGGAGGAAGCACCCGUCCUCAGAUCUCGCAGAUGUCUCUCUAUGAGCGACAGGCAGUGCAGGCCCUGCAGGCACUCCAGAGACAGCCCAAUGCAGCCCAGUACUUCCAUCAGUUUAUGCUCCAGCAGCAGUUUAACAGUGCCCAACUUCACAGCCUGGCUGCUGUCCAGCAGGCUACAAUUGCAGCCAGUAGACAGGCCAGCUCCCCCAACACUAGCACCUCGCAACAGACCACCACCACCCAGGCUUCUUUGCAUGCUAACAGUGAUUCUCAAGCUCAGCAUACAAAUGAGAUCAACCUUGCCACCACCUCGGCCGCUCAGCUGAUCAGUCGGUCGCAGAGCGUGAGCUCCCCAAGCGCCACCACGCUGACGCAGUCUGUGCUCCUCGGGAACACCACCUCACCGCCUCUCAACCAGUCACAGGCACAGAUGUACCUCCGGCCGCAGCUGGGGAACCUGUUGCAGGUGAACCGCACCUUGGGCCGCAACGUGCCCCUGGCCUCCCAGCUCAUCCUGAUGCCCAACGGGGCCGUGGCUGCUGUCCAGCAGGAGGUACCGCCCACUCAAUCCCCUGGGGUCCACGCAGACACGGACCAGGUGCAGAACCUGGCCGUGAGGAGCCAGCAGACCUCUGCCGCCAACACCCAGCUCCAAGGCUCUGCUCAGAAGACGGCGCUGCCGGGAAGCUCCCCGGUGUCGGGCUUGCCGCAGGCCGGCGGCGCGGGCCCGGGCAUGGCGGCGGCGCAGGCCUCCUCCGGCGGGGCCACGCAGUCCCUCAACCUGAGCCAGGCAGCAGCGGGCAGCAAUGGCGUCUCCGGGGCUGUGGUGGCCGGUGGUGGGAGCCAGCCCCCGAUGGGACUGAGCCAGAGCUCCUCGGCAGGCGCCGCCGGCAGCUGCCAGAGGAAAGGCACCGGGGUGGUGCAGCCGCUGCCGGUGGCGGCCGCCCAGGCCGUGACCGUCAGCCAGGGGAGCCAGACAGAGACGGAGAACGCGGCCGCAAAGAAGGGUGACGCGGACAGCAGCGGGCAAACGGUGGGCAUGAACCUCACCAGGACUGCCACACCAGCACCCAGCCAGACACUGAUCAGCUCAGCAACAUAUACGCAGAUCCAACCACACUCCCUGAUCCAACAGCAGCAGCAGAUCCAUCUGCAGAAGCAGGUGGUGAUCCAGCAGCAGAUAGCCAUUCAUCACCAGCAGCAGUUCCAGCACCGCCAGUCCCAGCUCCUCCACACAGCCACCCAUCUCCAGCUGGCUCAACAGCAGCAACAGCAGCAGGCAGCGUCUCUGACCCAGCAGCAGCAGCAGCAGCAAGCUCAGCCUCCGCAGCAGCAGGCUCCCCCCCAAAACCAGCAGCAGGCACAGACCCUUGUGGUGCAACCUAUGCUGCAGUCCCAGCCACAGCAUUUACAGCUGCAGCAGGACAGUCCGUGCCAGCCAGCCACCAAGUCACCCGUUCCUAUUCAGUCAAAAUCUCUGGUCACCCCCAUCAAACCUCCUCAGCUUGGGCCAGCCAAAAUGUCAGCAGCGCAGCAGCCCCCGCCACACAUCCCGGUGCAGGUGGUGGGCACUCGGCAGCAGGGCUCCGGCCAAGCCCAGGCGCUGGGCCUGGCUCAGAUUGCCGCAGCAGUGCCGACGUCCCGGGGGAUGCCAGCUGUAGUCCAGCCUGUCUCCCAAACCCAUGCUGCUUCCCCAUCAUCAUCUUCAGCUCCAGCAUCCUCACAGGAAGCUCCCCCUCUCAGCACAGGGGUGAAUUUGGCACAAGUUCAAGGCACAGCCCACAUGGUGAAGAGCCCAGCUUCCUCUCCAGUUGUGGCUCAGAUGCCAGCAGCAUUCUACAUGCAGUCUGUCCAGUUGCCAGGCAAAUCUCAGACCUUGGCAGUAAAGCGCAAGGCAGAGUCAGAGGAGGAGAAGGAGGAGCCGCCCAGUGUCACCGCACUCCUGCCUGCCAGGUCCUCUCCUGUAACAGACAGCCCCAAAAACAUGGAGGAGAAGAGUGGCCUUGGAGAUAAUUCUGAUACUGCUGCCACUGCAAUCCCAAAUGCCACCUCAAGUGAAGGAGCCUCAGCCACCCCCACCUCUGCUUCCACCCCAAACCUGGCACUGGUGUCACGUCAGAUGGGAGACUCCAAACCUCCUCAGGCCAUCGUCAAGCCUCAGAUCCUCACACACAUCAUUGAAGGCUUUGUCAUCCAGGAGGGAGCAGAGCCCUUUCCAGUGGGUUGUUCUCAGCUGCUGAAAGAAUCUGAGAAACCACUGCAGGGAGAGGCUCCUUCUGGCCAGAAUGAAAACCUAUCCAGCAAUUCUCUGGGAGAGGAUAGUGCUUCCAUGGAGCUUGACAAGAAGGCAAACUUGCUGAAGUGUGAAUAUUGUGGGAAGUAUGCCCCAGCAACCCAGUUCCGUGGCUCCAAGAGGUUUUGUUCCAUGACCUGUGCUAAAAGGUACAAUGUCAGCUGCAGCCAUCAGUUUCGGCUGCAGAGAAAGAAGAUGAAGGAAUUCCAGGAAGCCAACUACGCCCGUGUGCGCCGACGGGGCCCGCGGCGCAGCAGCUCCGAAAUCGCUCGAACAAAGAUCCAGGGCAAGCGCCACAGGGGCCAGGAAGACUCCAGUCGAGGCUCUGAUAACUCCAGCUAUGAUGAAGCUUUGUCCCCGACAUCUCCAGGACCCCUGUCAGUAAGGGCCAGUCACGGAGAGAGGGACCUGGCAAACUCUAAUAUGGCCCCCCCUACCCCAGAUCUACACGGCAUCAACCCAGUCUUCCUGUCCAGCAAUGCUAGUCGUUGGAGUGUGGAGGAAGUGUACGAGUUCAUUGCAUCAUUGCAAGGGUGUCAGGAAAUUGCUGAGGAGUUUCGAUCACAGGAAAUUGAUGGUCAGGCCCUGUUGCUUCUGAAGGAGGAACAUCUCAUGAGUGCCAUGAACAUGAAGCUGGGACCAGCUCUCAAGAUCUGUGCCAAGAUCAAUGUCCUCAAGGAGACCUAAGAACUCUGAAGCUAGAGGUCUCACUUUUGCUCUGACCCCAGGGCAGCUGCCAGUUUUGGAGCAUCCUGCUGGGGUGGGGAAGAAUGGGACAGUCCCCUGUGGUCUUGCAUUCAAGAAUGAGAAGGAAUUUAACUGACAGAAACUGCCAUGCACAAGCCCAUCUCUUGGUCUCUUAAUGGUGCUACAAGGUUGAGGAUAACUGCCACCUGGGGCCUUUAAACAACUUUCCUUCUUCCUGAUUUUGAAUAUGCCUCCCCUUUAUACACCACAUAAAGAUGUUAACAGGAUCUCUUUCUGUCUUAAAAGACUUCUGAAAGGGAACUGCCCUAACCCUUUUUGCCACAGCAGGUCUGCUAGGACUUAGCUUUGAAUAUCAUUGCCAGAAUUCAAGGCAUAGGAAGAGCUGGCCCCACAUGGACAUUGAGAGCACCUGUGCUUGGGGCUUUUAUGAAGUGGAACUAGCAAAUUGCAAGUGGCAGAGGUGACAAACAAGAAUUUGAGCAAAAGGGGCUGCUGCUUUUCCACGUUUAAAAAUACCUAGGCUGCUCAUGAACUGAGUUCAAUAGCCAUUCCAGCAUGCAUACCAAACUUGAAGGCCUGUGGCAAUAGGAGCUGUCUUGUCUUCACUCUGCAUGUCUACAGGAGACAGUAAAGCUAAAGUGUUGUGGCAGCUAUUCACUCCAGGUGCUCCUCUCAGAACCAGUCAGAGGAUAUUUCCUGAGUACUUAUGACAAAGUGAUGGGAAACUCAAAGGGGAGGGGAUUGUUUUACAUUAGGGAACCUUGCAGCACUAGGUUUGUCUUCCCAUUGUGCUAGAGCAUAAUUUACAGAUCCAAAGCAGUCUCCAAAAGCACCAAGGCUCUUCAUGAAAUGGGCUGGAGGGUUUUUUUGUGUGUUUUCUUACCAGUUUGUAUCUUGGUUUUGUGUGUCUGUCUUCAUUAUCCUCAGGAGAGCUUACGGGACAAAAUUUAGGCUGGCAGAAUUGUACUGCUUGCCUCAGGCUUUUUUUUUCUUUUUUCUUUUUAUCCUUUUUUUUUUCUUUCUUUUUUUUUUUUUUUGUGUGUGUGCGUGUGUGUUGUAAAACAAGUAUUUCUCAGUUACAAGAAACCAAACACACACCCUACAAGAACUGAAUAGUAAUCUUUUUAUCGGACUUCUCAUUUCUAAAGGGUAGAAUUUAUGUUGUAGGCUGAUUUUCUCCUCAGCCCCUCCUGGUUUGGUUAGGGGUUCCUUGGUUGGGUUUUUUUUAAAGGACCAAAUGUGGUGUUUUGUAGCCAAAUUGCCAAAGGUGAAAACCUGGGCAGAGUUAUUCUCUUCCACAAGCACCUCUGCUUCAAACAGGUAAAAUACCUGAAGGAGUUGCACAAACUGUGAAGAGGUAAGUGCCCUCUAGAGCCAAAUACCUGAAAGCAAGGUGGUGUUAUAAACCAUGUAUCUCAGCUUUUCUGUUUUCAGAAGUUUCACAUGAAUAUUUGAUUGAAACCUAAGACUGUUCUCCGUGUUAAGCACCUACUGUUGCAGGAAAGCUGUAGUGGCAUGGGAGAAAGCCUAAUAGCAUAGGUAGGAAAACAUUAGAGAUCUUUGAAAUGGGCUGUUUAUUGACCCAUGUUAGAAAAGGAGGAAGGAAAGUGCUUAGUAGAUGGAUAACAUGUGGCAGCAGCUUCCUAGUUUAAACUGUGCUGCUUAAUCUCACUUUUGUGGCAUCCUUGUUCAUAUGAGAAGACUUCUGAGGCUUUGUGAAUGCAGGCAGGCUUAAAGGAAGCUGCCCAUGCUUGCUUGCACCCUGGUACCACAGUUUGGUCUGAUGUCAUCUGGGGACAGGGGAGGGGGAGGUUAGAAUCAGCAGUGAGCAGAGGAAGGCUGCCCUUAAACCAUUUUAUUCUUAGCGGGCUGGGUGUGAUAAAACUGUUUAGUUUGACCCUUGGGAGGGUAGGCAGGCAGGUAGCCUGCCACUGUUACCAGCUACUCCUGAGGACUGGAUUUUAUUUCAGUCAAAUGGGAAGGCUUCAUUCUUCAUUUCAUGUUCAAUGUUCUUAAUAAAAAAAUGCUUGAUCAGG